CGGGAGGUAAACAAGCCGCCAUGCCGCUGCCCCGCGCACUUCACGUGCCUUUUUUGGCGCUUGUAUGGUGUGUGGUUUCUCUCUGCGCCUCCAGGCUCAACGUGCCCAGAGUCCUGCUGCCCUACAACCACCAUACGCCCACCAACUUCACCCUCAAAGUGUACAAUGGAGGAUGUUACAAGUGGGAAUGUUCGCGGCAGGAGGUGGCGCUACUGGCAGGUGUGGAGGAAGAUGGUUGUGCCAACGAGGUGGUGGUGUCAGCCAUCAGCCGCUCACCCAGCCGUCAGACAGCCAUCAUUCUUGCACAGGACUCAGGCAGUGGUGAUGUGCUGCGUUGUGAUGUGCUGGUCGACGCUAUUCACAACCUGGAAAUCAUCACCACCACACGGGAACUGUAUGAGGAGGAAGCACCUGAAGCUUUCGAGGUUCAAGCAUAUGACAGCCUGGGCAACCAGUUCUCAACCUUGGAAGGCAUGGAGAUGAUCUGGGAGCUGGAGACCCUUACUGGCCAGGAAUCAUCAGCAGGACCACAAUCAGUACUGAGGUUCAUCACCUUUGAGGAGUCACCAUACAAGGUGCCACCAGCCAUCGCCCCACUGGAGAAGCUCGGCCGGACGGGCUACAUGGUGCUGGUGGAGGGCCGGCAGACAGGGCUGGCCAAGCUUUCUGUCCGUCUGGCCCACUCAGCUUACAAGCACCUGGAGCCAGCCUCUGUGGAGCUGAUGGUGGUGGCCAACCUGCUGCUGGACCCGGCUGACUCCUUCGUGCUACCUUACACACGCAUCCACUACACCGUGCACCAACUCAAGCAGGGACACCUCGCCCCCAUCGAUCUCAGGGGCUCCAGGUUUUAUCUCCAGGUUGCUGACACCAACAUAGCAGAGCUGGAGGAGGACGGCACUACUGUGCUUGCCAAGACUCUCGGUACUACACAGGUGGUGUUGGGGGGCAGCCACUUGGUCUCAUCACAGCUGGUGCGGCAGCCGGCUGCCAGCUUGCACGUGGUAGAGCCCUCUCACUUAGCCAUCUCCAUCCGGCCCCACAACAACCCAUCCCUCACCCUCAGCCGGCCAUACAGCUUUAUUGUGACUGUCCAUGAUGUGGCAAACAACCAGAUCUUCCUACCUGAUAAUAUAAUUAUCCACACCACUGUUCCUGAAGAGUACUUCCUCACAGAGUUUGCCACACGCAACGGCUCCUACAUCCACGGGACCCCCAUUGCCACUGGCAAGACCACAGUCACAGCUGUGCUGUCAGCGGUGGAGGUUGGGGAUGAGGUGAUGGAGAUAAGCCCGCCUCUCAGAGCCAGCCAGGACAUAGAGAUUUUUGAACCGGUGGUGGUGAUGCCACCCCUUACUGUGCUGCCCUGGGACCCAGUCACCCGCCCUCUCUACUCUGUCAACCUUACAGCAAAAGGAGGCUCAGGCAGCGUUGGGUGGAGCAGCAGUGACACUGAGGUGGUGGUGGUGACCCAGGCUGGUGUGUGCAGGACUCGAGGUCUUGGGUCAGUCACAGUCACCGCCGCCAUGACUGCCAACCCACACAACAAGGACUCAGCUCAGAUCCACAUCAUGGAGGCAGUGGGGCUGUCUCUGCUACCUGGCGAGGUGGAAGUAGAGGUGGAGGCCCAUCUUCCUCUUCAUGUGGGUGCCCACACAUUGUACCAGGAUGUCCCUUUGCCCUUCACAGCCUGCCACAAGCUGCCCCUUGCUGUGGAGCCUCGGGAGCCAUCCUUUUCUGCCCUCCCAGAUGUACUGCCACCUACUGUUGAAGGUUCCUGUGCCAUAGUGGAGGUGGUGGCCAGAAAGCCAGGCUUCUCUCUCGUCAAUGUGAGUUACCACAGCAGCAGCGGCAUUGACAACCAGAGCCAGGACCAUCAACUCCAGCUGACAGCCUCCACCACUGUAGCUGCAUACAGACCGUUACGGCCAGUCAACCCAUCUUCAGGGGAAACUGUAUUGGCCUUGGGGUCCUCCAGGCUGGUCGUGUUUGAAGGGGGACCACUGCCUUGGCCCCUCAAGCCUUCAUCCCACACCACUAAAGUGACAGUGGGUGAGGGUGACAAGGUGGAGGCACGGCUGGUGAAGCAGAGCAGCGGGCAGCAGCCAGGAGACCAGCAUCUCGUGGAGGCCAUGUGUAGAGAGCUUGGCCAGACCACCAUUGUCCUUACUGUGGCCAACACACCCUCAGCCUUCCUGCCUCACCCUAAGAAGGUCAGCACCACUGUCACAGUCAUCUGUGCUCUGCCAGACACCAUCAGCCUCAUAGCACUCAUCAGGCGACCAACUGGGACACACUCACCUUGCCCUGCCAUGGCAGAGCUCGGAAGGGCUGUAGCUCACUGCCACAAACCAUUGAACAUGGAGGUGGUGGUGACAGACUCUGAACAGCGACGCUUUGACAACAUCUCAUCCCUGGCACUGGAGUGGGAAGUGUCCAACAUUAGCCUGGCAGCCGUCCCGAAGCAACAGCUGUCUGUCUUGCCUCAGAGUGUCAGUGCACAAGGGCAGGGUGCCCUUAGAAGCUAUCAGGUUUUGAAUCCCUUUGGUGAGUCAGGCGAGCUAGUGGUGACUGUGCACUUAGUUGGCUACACCACCAAUGUGGAAGCCACUCUGGACAUCCCACCUCUCUCAACGUCCCUCCCCCUUGUGCUGGUACAUGAUGCUGCUCUUGACCCACCUGCAGCCACUCUCUACCAUCACACCCACAAUAAGCUGGAUCUCAAUGUUGUGGGAGGCUCAGGCUUCUUUGAGCUGCAACCUCCAGACAUUGACAUUGCCACACUUGACUAUCACGAGGCCAAGAAGACUGUCGCUGUCAGCCCACUAGGAGACGGAGAGUUGGUGGUAACACUGGUGGAUGUGUGCCUGGAAGCAACACACCCUGCCACUUCCCACAUUAGGAUUGCCAGUGUUGCUUCUCUGGACCUGACAGUGCUGGAGGUGGUGGAGCUCGGAGGCACCUUGGAAGCAGAGGUGGUAGCCCUGGACUCAUCAGGAACUCCCUUGCCUGCCCACUCCCUCAUGGACCUACAGCCUCACCCUCAGUCCACUGUUAUUUCUGCCAAGUAUCAAGGCGUCAACAAGCAGGGCAAUGCAGUAUACGAGGUGAGGGGUCGUCACGUGGGAGACACCAGCCUGCGAGUCAGUGCUGCUGUUGCUGGAGGGACAGGCGAGGGUGGGCGGCCUAGAGUCGAGAGCCCUACCCGCCCCAUACAAGUGUUCCCUGCCCUCACCUUGCACCCGCGCAACAUUACUCUUGUGGUUGGAGCUGUCUAUCAGGUUGAGACUCGUGGAGGGCCGUACCCAAGCCCCAGUGUGGAGUACAGCAUUGACAAUGGUACGGUGGCCAACUCCUCCCACGCUGGGGUGGUGACAGCGCUGGCUCUGGGCACUACCACCCUCACUGCCAGGGCUGUCAGUGUGAGCCAAAAGACGAGCCGCAGAGCCAUUUAUUCACAGGACAUGGUGACUAUACAUGUGGUGCCACUGCCCAAGAUUCGCAUCCAUGCCCCACUGACCCGCCUUGAGACAGGAGCCACCAUGCCUCUACUUGCCCUGGGCGUGGAUGAGCACCAGGCACCCCCAGCCUAUGCUUCAGCCACCCCACCUCUUCUGCUGGAGUGGGCCACAUCCAACAAGCAGGUUGCCUCCCUCCCAGGGGUCUUCCAAAAGACUGGUGUAGUGGAGAACACAGAGAACCAGGGAGCUACUAGACUAAAGGCAGAACGUCCAGGCAGGGCCACUAUAAGCUUGAAGGUGAGGGUGGGAGUCAAUGCCCUGCCACCCUACCAGCAGAUUCUGAGUAAUGCAGUGCUUACAGACAAACUGGAGAUCAAGGUGUUUGAGUCCCUGAAGUUGAAGUACCCCAGUGGCGGCUCCUCACAGCUGCUUAUGACACCAGAGUCUGAAGCACGGAUAGUCACCAACAGAGAUGGAGAUGGCCAGAUGACUUACCAGGUGGAUGGGGCCUGCAAUGGGCAUGACGAGGGAAGCCCAGUGGUGGAGGUGGGCCCAGAUGGCUUGGUGAAGGCAGGGGAGCAGACUGGCCAGGCCACUGUUGUUGUCACUGUCACCGAGAGCUAUGGUGUCACUCAAAGUUUGUCUGUGCUGGUGGAGGUGAAAAAGGUGAGCUACUUGCAAGGGGAGGUGGGUGGUUUGGUAGGUGCUGUGACCAGUGCCCCACUCACUUGGCUGCCAGUUGGGGCAAGUUUCAACCUCCAACUUUCCUACCAUGACAAUAGGGGACGCAUUUUCCAUGCCACCAAUGCUCAGCCAGCCUUCAGGCCCUCCAGAUUUGACCUAGUGGGAGUGACCCGUGGAGCAACCAAUGAUAGUCUGGUAGUGAGAGUGGUGGGGCGUGGGCAGACUGUCCUACACCUCUGGGACCACAACCUGCCCCUCCUGAAUGACUACCUCCGCAUCCAUGCUGGCCCUGCCAUUACUCCUGACAGGGCCACCACUCCCAUGGGUGUGCAUAUUUGCUUCUCCUCCCAAGUGGCAGGGGAGGCUGGGGCCCCCACCGGCAACUGGUCUACACAGGGGAACAUCCUCUCCCUGGACUCAGCCUCAGGUGUAGCCAUCUCCCACCAACCAGGCCAAGCCACUGUGUUGUUCCAGGCCAGCCCCUCCCUCACCACCACCACUGAGCUCACUGUGCUGCCCCUCACUCAGAUCACUGUCAGCAGUCCUCACCACCCUCUCACUAACGGGCGAGAGGGAGCGCGUCAAGUAGCUGGAGUGGAGCUUGGUGCUGAGGGCAGCACCAUCCCGCCCUGCUACCCUCAGGACCCUCCCACCUCUCAGCCGCCCUUCUCUUGCUCAGUGACACUCUUCCCCUCCCUUCCUGGCUCAGAUGUUGGUGAGCUGUUCUCUGCUGCUCCCAUUUAUGUGCCAAAUCAAGGGUAUGGUUGUGAGGUGACUUGCUUGGCAGGACCAUCAUUGGGGCUGGCCACCCUGGAAGCUGCCCUGGUAGUGGAGGCCGUGGCCGAGGGGGAUGGAGGCUUGCGGUCUGGCCAGGUGCAGCUCCCCUUUCUACCUGCCCCCGCCCCAGAGAGCCCCACCCUCACCCUCACCAACCAGCAGCCCACCGCAUCACUGUUGCUCAGGGGACACCCGGAUGUGCUGGCUGCCAUGGCGGGUGUGGAUGGCUGUGUGGGUGGACUAGAGUGCCAGCUUGGAGUAGUGCGUGGCCAGGAGCGUACCCUCACAGUGGCAAGCAAGGAAAGCCUGUGGAAUGCUCCCCUGCCUGACGCUCCCUUAGAAGUGAAUGUGACUUCACCUCUUACCACUAGCAUUGUACAGGUGAGCAUUGUCCUGGAAUCAGUUGGUGAUGGUGUUUGUACCUCUCCACCUGCCUGGGACAUGAAUUUCCUCACACUUCUCUUCAGUGAACGCCUUCUAGUCAGCCUUGCUUGCCUUGCCCUCACUGCCAUCUGUCUCUUUGUGGGUUACCAUGCACUGCUGACCCCCAGCUACAGACAGACACAGCACAAUGGGGUCUUUGCAAACUCCCCAGCACCACCACCUGCAAUGAAAUCCUUCCAGCCAGUGGUCUCCUCCUCCCCUACAGGAAACAUCACAACCCCUGUAGGCAGUGGACGCUCCUCCCCUCAGGGUUACACCCUCUGGAGUGACACCACAGAACCAGUGUAUGGGGCACCACCCUACAGUAGGAGGGCUUACCAGGGCUCCCCCACCUACACCACUACACCACCAAGACUACAUCAAGAUUAACUAUUUUAUUAUAUGCCUGUCUUUUGUGAAUGUGUGUUUGUGUGUACAGCUAUGUGUACAUGUGUAAGCUUUAUUUUCUCACACAAAGCAGUGAAAGUAAAUAUUUCUCCCUUGUAGAUAUGGCCAGCAAGGCAUUAUAUAAUGUCAAAGGGGGCACAUGUGGUGUUUGAUUAGUUGUAUUAUUUUAUUGUGUGCUGCCAUAAGUUUUAAUGAGGUAAUGAAGUGUUCCUAUUAUUUUAUGAUGUUCUCCAUAACAAAAGUAUACAGGGUGUCCUGAAAGUUAAGGUUCAUACCUCAGGAUUUGAUAGUUCAAGUAAUUUCUAAUUAAAAAAAAAUAUUCUAUACACAUAUAUUUUUGUUUUAUUUUGCAAGAAAUUAAUAUACAUAUUGUGGGUUGCAGGAAUUCCUCAAUCAAAGCCUUACUGGAAAAAGAUAGCAAAUGACAGAUUAAAAUUUUUGUCACCUAGACAUGUCUUGAGCUGCUCCAAAAUGUUCAGCUGCUGCAGAAAUAUUGGGUAAACACCUUCUGUCUAGGUAUUGCAUCAGCAUUCUGCUGCUGCAACCUGAUCGUUUCCAUUACAGAAUGAAUGUAUGUCAUGUAUGUCAUCACAUGAAAUACUCAAUGUUGCUGAAUGUGAAAGGAAUUUCACUGCAACAAAAAGAUGCUUUUUCCCAGUCAGCAGAUUGGGAAUGGCUAUCUAUCACUUUGGUGCCAAUAUGUCAACUGUUGACUGUGUUGAUGAAGGUGACAGUUGCAGUGAGUUGCUAUGUAUAUUUAAAACACAUAGCACAUAACAACAACUGUAAUAAUGUGCUAUCUUACUUUCUUCACUGAGAUGUACAUACAAAUAUUUAAUCAGUCAUUUUGCUAAUUAUCCUUAAGGCUUUAACUUUAUAUUGUACACAAAAAGUGAUCAUUUUAUACUGCACAGUACCAGUUGAUUAUGCAGCAAGCCAAGUAAGGAAAGAAAGCAGAAGAGGUCCAUCCAAGCAAGUCACUCCCACAACACACAUCUUACAUGUUAGUUUCUUGCAAAAUAAAGUAAAAUGCAGCAUAUGUAUAUGUGUAUAGAGUAUUUUCAAGUUAGAAUUACCUGAACUUUCAAAUACUGCAGUAUGUACAGUACGUACAUUAACUUGCAGGACAUCCUAUAUUUCUACGUGUAGAUAAAAAUUGUCAAUUCAUCUUGCUGAGAUAUAACCAGAGAAUUUAAUUAAUUCAACUUUCAUAAAAAAUAUUUGUAGCUCAUUUACUGUUACAUUCUGUAAGUUUUUUUUUUUUUUUUUUUUUUUAACUUGAAUGAUCUCCAAGAUAGUAUUAAUUUAUAGACACUGUGUGUGUGUGUGUGUGUGUGUGUGUGUGUGUGUGUGUGUGUGUGUGUGUGUGUGUGUGUGUGUGUGUGUGUGUGUGUACCAACAUGCUUGUGAUGACAAAAUGCAUCUUGGAGAUACCAAAUCUGGGAAAAUUACAAAUCAAGAAUUUUUGCAUUCUGUGAAUGCUGUAAUGAUCCAGAGACUAUCAUUAUCUAGUCAGAAGAGACAACACUCACUGAUUGAUGAUGAGCAUGUCAUGGUGUCAGACAAAAUGUCUUUAAAAUUUGAUGGAACAUAACCUAGAGUGGAUCUUUCCAGGAUGUGAGGCCUCCAGGCAUUGCUGUAGUUAGUGGUUUGCCAUCAGUGUGUGCUGCUUCUGAUUGAUUUAACCAGAGCUUGAAAGUUUAAUGGUUUUUAACUUUCAGGGAAUCCUUAUCAUCACCACCAUCACCAUUAUCAUCAUAAUCAUCAUGCAAAUAACCACAUCACCAAUUGAGUCAUCCUGAAAGUCAAAACAAAUACCAUUUGCUUGCAGUUGAGAAUACUGUUAUUCUGUAAAAUUCAUUAAUUAAUCCACCUUGUACUUAGCACCAGAAACAUUACAGUUAAGGUUUUAUGCUCAUUUGAUAAUAGAUUUUAAGUUUCAUGGGUAAAUCGGCAACAUCAUUUCAUUUGUCAUACAGUAAGAAUCUUAGUAUUGUACGUGCAGUCAAUAUUGCCAUUGUUUAUUGUUUUGCAAGAAUAGCAUGAGACCAUCAGGGAUGGCGUAUCUGCUGCUUUGUAUCUGAUAUUUGGAAAUUUCUAAAUUAUCUAUGCAUGUUUGUCAGUGCUGCAUGUCCCUUGCGAUUUCUCUUAUGGGCAUGGUGACAAAAGUCUUCACUUCACUUUUUUUCAGCAUUUUCUCAGUUGUUUACUCAAAGCUUCAUCUGUUGCCUCUCUUCCAAUACUUGUCAUACUUGUCAACUACGUAAUUAAUAUCUUUCAUUCAAAUCUCACUCGUGAUUAUUCAUCCCAUUCAUUGUUAUUACAUUGUUACACUGUCCAUUCAGCCACUUUGCAGUGUAAACCUUUGCUACUCCACUACCAAAAUUCUCUUAUUAGUUUUUUCACAUUCACUACAUCCUUUGUUAAAUGAGUUAUGCAAUUUUCUUUUGAUAGUUCAUGGGAAAAACAAAUCCAUGUACCAGGAAAAUGCUAACAACUUGUAACAGAACAGAUUAUGUUCAGAUUUUUCAGUCUUGCUCUGGUUUAUGAUGCUGUUUAAGGUGUCUGUUGGAUGGCAUGAUUUAUUGAUACCUGAAAAUUUUCUUUUGUCAAUAAGCUUUGUGAUGGUUUUCAACAUUGUUUUGCAGUGGGAUUGCCUAUUUUCAUGAUAAAUAUUUGCUUUAUCAAUUAUUUUUUUUCAAGGAGAUAGCAUUGAGGGAAAAGGCAAAUGCUGGAAGUGAGUACAACAUUACUGGACUUCUUUCCUUGGCUAUAGUAUGCAGGGAAGUUCCUUUUGACAGUAAAUGGAGGAGGAUCACAGCUACCAUCCUGGGAAUGCAAGAUGUUCAGAUGUUUUUGGAACACAAAUGAUAUCUUCACUUUCCUAGCCACAGUUACCAGUGUGCAAGCCACAGGAGUUUUUCAGCUGCUAUAUAGAGGCUCUGCCCAUCACGUGUACCAGACAAAGGCAAUUUGUGCUACUAUUUUGCUUCCUCCCAUCCUCUCAUGCCCAAAAUGACUACAAGCAAGGAGAAACAGGAGUUAUUUACAAUAUACAAGGUUGCCCACAAUCUUCCAUUAUUUUGAGUGUCCACUCAAACAGGAAUUUGGCUGAUAACGACACAAUAGUAGGUGCAACAUUUCAAGCCUCCUAAGGUUUCUUUCCUAUGAUUUCCCAUGCUGUCAGCCUUGGUUCUUUAGCAACCUGCUUGGAGAUAAGGGCAUGGGUCUUCAGAGUGGUCUUAUGAGGCCUGUCAGACAUGAGGAAUUGGGGUGACUGCAGUAUCCUCACCAGCAUCUGUGAAAUGCUGCACCUACUGCCAAGUUGUUGUCAUCAGCCUAACUCCUGUUUGAGUGGAAAUAAAUGAGUGAUCAUGGCCAGUCUCGUAUAAUGCAAACAUCUCCUGUUUUCCUUGCUUGUAGUCAUUUUGAGCAUGAUGAGAGGAUGGGAGGAAGCAAAAUAGUAGCACAUUAAGCCUUUGUCUGGCACACGAGAGGCGGUGGAGUAGUGGAUAAUGUGGUGAGCAUGGGAUCAGGCAGACUACCAGGCGUAGGUUAGAAUCCUACCACAUACCACCUUGAAACUGCCAUUUGUCAAGUGGUUUAAAGUUACCUACAUGUCACCAUGAUACCCAGGUUUUAGGUGAUUACACCAAAGAUGCACUUGGGUGGUGAUAUGGGCCCUAAUAUGGGUACCACUAUAAAUGAAAUUGCCACCCACUAAUGGGUGGAAACUGAACAGUGCUUCCCAUGCUCUUCAAGUAUACCUACAGGUAUUAUAGACCAAAAAAAAAAAAGUAUACCUACAUAGGCCAGGAUAUAAAAACUCAUUAUAACAGCUAAGAAGCUACUGAGGUGGCUUGCACACUGGUGACUAGCCAGGAGGAUGCAGAAGGUUGCAGUUAUUGUUCCAUAACCAUUAGAAUGUCUUGCCUUCCCACAAUAGUAGUUGUGAGCCGCCUCUAUUUACCAUGAAAAGAAAUUACAUCAGCCACUUGGCGUGAAGGCCCGUAUUAUACAUCAGCAAAUCUGAUAUUUUCAUGAGAAAACUGUGGCUAUCCAGUAUGGACUAUAUUUUAAAUUUAUAUAUUUAUCAUUAUCAUUUGCUGUAACAGUAAUUCCUUCAUCAGUUUAUUGACAAGCACACCUACUAAUAUUUCUCUUCAUAACAUUCAUAACAAUAACAGUAAUAUGAUUCAAUGGUGAAGGUCUGUCAUUACUUAUGCAUAGGUCAUUUGUCACUAACAUCACUACCUUAAAACUUAGUGAAUAAUGUGGGUCUUGAAGAUGUGCCAAAUAUUUAUACAUGGGUGCAGUAUUUUGGUAUUGACAGUUAAAUGCUGGAAAUACUUCAUUGCAGGAUUGGACAAAAUUCUCUCUCUCUCUCUCUCUCUCUCUCUCUCUCUCUCUCUCUCUCUCUCUCUCUCUCUCUCUCUCUCUCUCUACCAUGCAAGCCAUAGUAUAUUUACUUUCUUCCCACCAUUGACACUGCCAUGCGAGCCAUAGGAUAGUACAGAGGAAGAAGAGAUAUAAAAGUGAGAGCUGUGGAUAGAACCAAUCAGGGGAGACAGAUAGAGCUCCUUUAUAGGUAACAGAGGCAGAUCCAUUCAGUGAUGGCUCUUUUCAGAAGCAAGAGGUGAAGAGUCACCCAGCUGGGGAAUAACAGGGAAAAAAUAGUUCUUUUGAGUUGGCAGACAAAUGUGUAAUUUUCUCUGGAUUUCUUAACAGCUUCACUUUUUCACUUGCAUUUGUUUUCAGUGUAAAUAACACAUUUGUUUGCAUCUUAUGGCUACAAAAUAUAGGUACCAGUGUGUACGUACAUCCCUGACCUUACAAAAGUACAAGGAAAAAACAUUGUUGAUCUUUUGAAAUUAAUAUUCCUUUUUCAAUAAACAGAAGUUGGUUUUAUUACCUAAGUAUCUUUGUAAUAAAAAGAUUUUCUACCAA